AGAUGCAGAGAAGUGCGUGUGGGGACGCUGUGUGCAGGGCUAGGUGUGCUGGGGGAGCCCAGGAGCAAUGCUGCACAGUGGCUGUAGCUGUGCUCUGGCACCCAAGGCUAAAGCUCUGCAUUCAGGCAUCGCUUGUGUUCCUGGAGGAGGGAUGCUGUGAAGAUGCCAUGGAUGUAAGAAAUAUGGUGUUGCUCUGGGGUCUGUUGCUGCUCUCCCUAUCUGCUCUGCACAGUCAUCCAAGGCUUCCUUUGGCACAAGCUGUUGAGCAACAGCAUCUCUCCUCAGACAAAGCUGUGGAUCUGAAGAACCUGAAAAGUGAUGGAGAUGAAGAAUCUGCUCUGCCAGGAGCCAUCCCAAGCCUGCCAAAUGCAAAGCUGGCAGACACCUGGGAGAUCUAUGGAACAUCACCUUCCAUCUCCACAUCAGCUGAAACUGGGGAUGAUGAGAGCCCAGGAGAUAAAGCCACAGCUGGGGCUGUCAGCUGUCGUGAACAGGAACCCUUUGGGAAAACCCUCUCUUCUGAAGAGGAAGGAGAGGAUGAAGAGGAAAGCUGUGACAUAACUUGGAGGAAGAGCCAGAAGUUAGCAAGUGGGCUGAUGAGGUUCAGCACUGAUCUCCUGAGAGAGGUCCAGCAAGAGUCCAACGGGAACGUGAUCCUGUCUCCCCUCAGCAUUGCCCUUGCUCUGUCUAACCUGGCACUAGGAGCAGCAAAUCAGACAGAGAAGCACCUGCUGGAGGCGAUGCACUUGGAAUCCAUGCCCUGUCUCCACCACAUGCUAAGCAGCCUUCGCAGGAGGCUGGCAGCAUCCAUGCUCAGCCUCGCAUCACGUUUGUACCUGCAGAAAGGAUCUGAGGUCAAAGAGAAGUUCCUGGAGGAGUCGGAGAAAUUCUAUGGGGCAAAGCCUGUGACCCUUUCUGGGAGCAGUGAGGAUGACCUCACGGCCAUAAACAAGUGGGUAAAGGAGGCAACUAACGGGCAAAUACCCACCUUCCUACAGCAGCUCCCUGGAGACACAGUGAUGCUGCUGCUCAAUGCAAUCCAUUUCCACGGGUUUUGGAGGAAUAAGUUUGAUGCGAGUUUCACUGCACCAGAUACAUUCCACCUCAAUGAUGAUUUUGUGGUUUCGGUUGAGAUGAUGAAAGCCCAGCGGUACCCCUUGAGCUGGUUUACACUGGAGUCCCAGGACAUUCAGGUGGCCAAGUUUCCCUUUAAGGGUAACAUGAGUUUUGUGGUCAUUGUACCAAACCAGUACACCUGGAAUACCUCUCACGUGCUGGAGAACUUCCCUUAUGGACAACUAUGCAGGCUUUUCCCCAAAGAGGUGCCCACCACAGUGAAGAUACCCAAAAUAAAACUGGACUUCCACCUGGAACUCAACAGUGUUCUCAGUCGCAUGGGCCUCCAGGAGCUGUUCAUAAGCCCAAAUCUACAGAAGAUCUCAGAUGAGCCUCUCUUUGUGUCCAGCAUACAGCAUCAAUCUGCCAUGGAGCUUAAAGAAGAUGGGGUGGAAGCCUCUGCUGCUACCAGCGUCAUGGUAUCACGCUCGCUGUCGGCCUUCAACUUAGACCGGCCCUUUAUCUUCAUUAUAUUUGAAGAAGAAAUGGGCAUCCCACUUUUUAUAGGCAGUGUAAAGAACCCUAACCCCAAUGCUGCCCCCCAGAUAAAAGAUCUACAGGACUUGCCUGAUGCAACAGAUGACAACGAGUACCCCAUGCCCAAAUAAGAGAGGAGCAAAGCCUGUGUUCUGGGACUGCUACUUGACCCUCUGGACCAGCUAAGAGAGGCUUCCUACCACUGGUGAUCUCCCUUUGAGGCCACAGAAGGCAAUUCCUUGCUUGUUUUCCUUUCCAGAUCCCUACAGACCAGUCCUGGGAUAUCCCAUUCCAGCCCUGAUGAGCUUUUCUUGGCUGGAGCUUCCCUCUGCUGACCCUGAAAAGCUUGCUUUGCCUCUCAGUCCUGGAAGGGAGAUUUCUGUGUCCCCAGACUCUUAUUAGAGUCUUCAUUAAGCUCUUAUUAGAGUCCAGCAUAGCCUGAAAUCAUCAUUAUCAUCUGGCAGCUUGGAUAGCAGCCAGAAAUAUUAAUACGGCUCUUCCUUCCUUGGUUCCUGUGAACAUGCCUUCCUCACAGUGUUCCUCUAUAAACUGCCUGUUUGUACCCACCUAGGAAAUGACCUCUAAAUCAAGUGGACUAGUAACCAGUUGUCUUCUCUGGGAUGAGUCAGAGCCACUUCAGGCACAAGCUCUUCUCAGACACUGCCUUUUCCCACUCCUUGGCUAUUAGGAUCUGCUGUGGGAGGGUCUGCAAUGAGGGACUCGCUCCCUUUAUCUCCAGUCCUGUUCCUGGAAAAUAAUUCUGGUUUCUUGAGCAAUGCUAGAUUUUUCAAGGCUUAUUUUAUAAAGCAUUUUUUAGUAAUUUUUAUGUUGGCAGAAUAAUAAAGAGUAAAGCAGAAUGCA